ACUCACUGAUUUAUACUGAAAGCCAAUCGACUUGGUCGGAAUUAUGUAGGCUAAACAUCCCGUAUAGCCAUCUAGUCAGUUACCGCCAGCAGACCUCCCCUGACGUGCACGGCUUUAAAACGCAUUUGACUUAUCUCGUUUAAUAUUCCAUUGAAAGACGUACACCCCCAGCUAGACCGUUGAAAAUGACGUUACCGACCCCGGCGCAGAAGAAUCUCGUACAACAGUCUUGGAAAAGCCUUGUCGACAGAAAUGCCUUGGACAGUACAGGCGUAAACAUGUUCACAAGAUUAUUCACCCAACACCCUGAACUGUUGAGUAUAUUCCCAUUCGGAGACCUUGGUCUGGAAAUACAUGAGCUCAAAGAACAUCCCAAGUUUGCGUACCAUGCAGGUCGUGUGAUGAAGACAGUAGGCACCGCUGUAAACGGUUUGGAUAAUGUUGAAGCGUUGAUCCCGAAACUUGAAAGUCUCGGAAAAAGACACAAGAAGUAUAAAGCGAAACCAGAAUAUUUCCAGGCUGUUGGUGAUGCUCUGAUAUUUGCCCUCUCCGAGGCUACGGGCGAUGCUUUUGAUGAGGAACACAAACUUGCGUGGGGUGUAGUCUUCGCUGUUGUUUCAAGCACGAUGAAAACGGGGUUGCUGUCAUAAUAUUGUAUCCAUUUGUUACAAAAAAAACAUUUAGUUUAUAAAUCAAUAUAUCAAUUAUUUACUUUUUUAUAUUUAUAUUCGAAUAUAAUUUAGAGCGAGAAAAUAUUUUGGCGCAAAUCAAUGAAUUGAGGAUUUCACAACAUUGCAAUUUUUAUUACACUUUUAUAACUCGGAUAAAAUGCGAUUAGUUUACAAGAAUUAAUAAACUUCAAUACAAUGCAAUAUUCUGCUUAUUUUGGAUAUAAUAAUUUGCAUUAUAUUUCAUAAUCUAGAUGAAUUGGAUUAGUUUAAAGUUAAAUUAAACAUUGAAUCAACAACACAAUCCAAUAUAUAAGUUGCUUUCAAAGAAAAAAUUGAACAACAAAUAUUAAAUUUAAUUCCCUCAAAAUUAAAAUUAUUAUUGAAAUACACACUAUCGUGUUGGGAUUCAAUAUUUCGACCUUAAUUACGUCAUCAUCAGUCUUAAUUACCGUAUGUCUUAAUUGUGGUGACGGAAAAACGUUUUGUAAAGGUAGAAAUCUGUAAAUAUCUCGCAUUUUUUUAACAAAACCUUGGCAGGUCUGGCGUUUUAAUAUCAUACACUAGUGGAAAUUAUUAAACAAAGGUUAGAAAUGCAUGAAAAUAUUUCAUGAGGACCUAUACAGUGAUGACAUCACGAUGGGCGUCACAAAUAUCUAUUUACGUAACAUGCAUGGUACUUGAUGGUAUAGGAGCUCAUAUAUAUAUGUAUGAUCCCAUAUUAGAACUUAGUGACAAUGACACUUGUUAAACUUUCUUAACUCUUUUACUAUUAAUCUGUUAUAAAACUUUAUUAUUCACGGAAGUACAUGUACAGAACUAUAUAUUUUAUAAUAAAUAUAGUUAUUUAAAUAUGAAUUUUGUUUAUUAAAACAAUUGUUUAAACAUGCACAUUGCAUUAGAUUUCAAUAUUUACUAGUUUCUUUAUUGAUACUGAUAAAUACUGAUAGCGAAGUUGGAGAAGUGCGAUGGAAAAUGCAAUGGCAAUUGCUAUCAAGUGAGCUAAGCAAAACUCAAAUGAUAGUGUAUAUGUAGGCAUAUAUAAUAUGUACUUUAUAAUUACAGUAUAUAUUGCAUAUAUUAUAUAAACCUCCUCACAUGUCCUUGGCUAACAGCAGACAUCAGCUCAGGGUUGAUAAACACAUUUUGAUAAUAGAAAAGAUUUCACACGUAUUGAAAACUUAGCACAGAUGUUGGCUUAAUACAGUGUUUUACCACUGGUUUGACAUGUGUCUUUGUGGGCUCUAUUGAGCAUGAAAUUCAUAUUUUUGAAUAAAACUUUUCACAAUUCAAUA